AUGCAAAAAACAGCUAAAGAAGUUGACGACCAUCUUAAAAAAAUAAUCAAAAUAUAUCUUAAAGACAAUAAACAAAAAGAAUUAGUUGAAGAGGUAUUUGAGUCAAUUGCUGAUUGUCCCUCUCAUCCAUUACUUGAUGUAAUAGAGUGUUCAAUACAAGCACUUAUGGCAAAUAUCUCUAGAAUUGGUAUUCUUAAGAAGUCUGAAAAUAGUCAAAUUGCUGCUCAUAUUAAAACCUUAGUUGUUCAAACUGCAUCUGAGUUAAAAGAACAAAUAGCAAAUCACUUUCACAUAAAAAAAUCAGAUGAACUAACUCCUUUCGUUGAGGGUAUUCUCUUUGAAUUAUGUUUUGAUUCUGUUAAAGAUAUUUUCAUUAAAAAAGAAGAAAAGAAUGAUGAAAGAUAUGAACUUCAAAUUAUGAAAUUAGGUUCUCAAGAUUUAGGACAAGUUCUCCACUUAGAGCCACCAAAAUAUCCAAAGGACAGUCUUGACAUUGUUUUUGACCGUUCAUUAAAAACAAUAAAAAUGCUUGAAGAAGUUACAACACUACUUAAAGCUCGUGAGUUAAUUGUUAAAUUACAUAAAACUAUUAUUGAAGAUAUGGCAAAAUAUAAUAAUGGUCAAACUCCUAUCGAUUUUGCGACAGAUGAUUUUAUUAAUGUAAUCAUAUUUUUAAUUCUUCGUUCUCAUGUUAAAAAUCCUUUUGGAAUGACAUCAUUAUUAGAUGGGUUUAUGACAAAUAGUGAUGACUGUUCUGAAUUUGGGUUUUCCAUGUUUAAUCUCCAGAUUGGUGUCAAAACUAUCAUUAAUAAAUUAUAA